UUUUGACAUAUGAUUUACAUUUGUUUCAAGUCUUCCACUAUUGUUUUAAUUGUGUAAUCUGCCUUCAUGCAUGGCAAGUGCCACAUUUUUCAGAAUAGCUAGCUAACUUAGUUUGUCUAAUAAUUAACUCUAAAGCUUAUAAACUUAACCAGUUGAGCGAGGUAGCUAGCUAAUCCUGUUGAAUUAAUUUGUCAACAAACGCACCCACGGUCAUCUGCAGCACUGUGGCUGGCACACUCACGUAGGUACUACACUGUGGAAGGUUAACUAUCUAGUAGGGGAACAAUUGUACUUUUAAUGAAUGACUGAGCAUUUAUUUAGUUACUAACGCUAGCUAGCUACCUAUUUGCAAUGUACCAGCUAGCUGAUUAAUUGUGUUUUUAUUAUUGUGUGACAACUGGAGAGCACACACCGCCGGAAGAGAUGAAGUGAAUGAUAAUCCCGCCCGUAAUCCAUUCCUGUCCUAGUGCCUUGUCUCGUCUGCAUUUCACGUUAUGACCAAAACUCAGUCUGGACCAAACUACAAGCUAGUCUCGCUAGCCGCCUACCAAAGAGACAUUUCCCGGACGAUUGAUGAUUUGUGAAGAUGAGCACUCAUAAAGCUGCGUUGUGCAAGGUCCAGAUUUUAAAGUUAUUUCUGACUUCGGCAAGGUGCGUGAGGAUCACACGAUUCUAUGGUGUGUGUGGACUUUCCACCUCCACACCUGCCUCCAGCCCCAAGGUGUGCAUAGUUGGAGGUGGCCCAGCUGGCUUCUACACUGCACAACACCUAGUCAAGACUCGGACAGAUGUUCAGGUGGACAUCUACGAGCGUCUACCCGUCCCCUUCGGCCUGGUCAGAUUUGGGGUGGCCCCCGACCAUCCAGAGGUCAAGAACGUCAUCAACACCUUCACCCAAACGGCCCGGCAUGCCAGGUGUAGUUUCCAUGGCAAUGUGAGAGUGGGGAAGGACGUCACUGUGGAGGAACUUCAAGAAGCCUACCACGCUGUGGUUCUGAGCUAUGGAGCGGAGGGGAACAGGACUAUGGGUGUACCAGGGGAAGACUUGGCUGGGGUGUACUCUGCCAAAGACUUUGUCGGCUGGUACAAUGGGCUGCCUAGAAACAGAGAGCUUAGGCCGGAUCUGAGCUGUGAGACGGCUGUAAUUCUGGGGCAGGGUAACGUGGCACUGGAUGUUGCGAGGAUGCUGCUAUCUCCUGUAGAUAUUCUGAAGAAGACUGAUAUCACCCAGCAUGCACUAGAUGCCCUGGCAGAGAGCAGUGUCCGCAGGGUGCUCAUUGUGGGGCGCAGGGGACCCCUACAGGUGGCCUGCACUAUUAAGGAGCUGAGAGAGAUGGUGAACCUGCCUGGCACCAGACCAGAGAUGGAGGCGUCUGAGUUUGAGGGCAUAGCAGAAACUCUUAAAUCGCUGGCCAGGCCCAGGAAGCGUCUGACCGAGCUGCUGCUGAAGGCUGCAAUAGAGACUCCAGGGGAGGAGGAGUUAGAGAAACGGAACAAGGCAGAGCGGGCCUGGGGAUUCCGCUUCCUCCGGAGGCCCCUGGAGGUCCUCCCCUCCACUGACCUCAUCAGGGCCGCAGGGAUACGAUUGGCUGUCAACCGGCUGGAGGGCGACGGUGAGGGGGUGAGGGCAGUGGCCACCGGUGAGGUGGAAGAUGUGGAGUGCGGCCUAGUCAUCAGCAGCAUCGGCUACAAAAGCCUUCCCAUCGACCCCGCCGUCCCCUUCGACGCCCGAAAAGCCAUCAUCCCCAACACUAUGGGCCGCGUGCAGCAGACUGCAGGUCUGUACUGCAGUGGCUGGGUGAAGAGGGGUCCGACGGGGGUGAUAGCCACCACCAUGAACGACAGCUUUGACACAGCCAGGACUCUGCUACAGGACAUUGGCAAAGGAACACUGGAUGUAUCCAGCGUUAAGCCUGGCUCACAGGGGGUCUCCGCCCUCCUGGAGAAAAGAGGUGUGAAGCCAGUUUCGUUCUCUGACUGGGAGAAGAUCGACAGUGAGGAGACGAGGAGGGGAGAGACCAGGGGAAAGCCCAGGGAAAAGAUGCUGGACGUGGGAGAAAUGCUGCAGGUAGCCCGGGCAUAGGGACAAGGGACCACACACACAGGUCAUAGGGACCAGAGGACUCGACAACCAAGAAGUGAAUAAGAACCACUGACCACACACACAACUCUGGUCCAACCCCGCUUUUUAUGCCAGCUACAGGCCACGAACUUGUCUGUCUAUGGUACACGCACAUGAUCAAUUUAGUCCCUGACCAUCAUCCAAUGCCAGUCAUCCAAUACACAAGUUCCAAGUUGACGUGCCAUAUGUAAUAAAUGCACUUUACAAAGCCA